GAUUUGCUUUGUCGAAUGUCAAACUGUGCUGACGCGAAACAAUCAUCAGCUGUUUCGCCAUCGCUGGUGUAUUUUCUUCCAACAGAUUUCUACACAAACUAACGAAGAAAUUUAACUUAUCACAGUGAUUUUGUGGGACAAUUAUUUCAGUUGAAUGCUUCGUGGCUUACUGUGGCCGAUAGUUCACAGAAUGCCCUUCUAUGCUGUGGCAAAAGGACGAAUAGUUGGUGUCUAUGAAACCUGGCCUGAUUGCCAGCGACAAGUAAAUGGGUUCACGGGGGCUAAAUACAAAAAAUUUCCAACUCGUCAGCAAGCGGAAACAUUCAUUCGUGAGAAUGGUGGCAGCGUUUCCGUAUCUAGCACAGAUAGCAAUUCAUCUGCCGAUUUUCAGCCUGUUGGUCCACCUGCGGAAUCCGUGAGGGUUCUGAUUGAUAACUAUGAUGAAAUCAACGCAGCUUGCUCUCGGAUUGAGAGUCUGAAGCGGGAACUAGACGAGCUAAGGGGUUCGGCUUCAUCUAGCGGAGUUACGAGUGAUUUAGCAGAAGCACCAAAACCUAGCAAGCGUCAGAAGCUCGGAAGUACAGUAAAACCUAUUACCAAGUUGCAAAAGUUCGGCAAAUAUAGCUUCCUCCAGGAUGAGGAUGGAUUUGUCCAUGUAUAUACGGAUGGAUCAUGUGAGGGAAAUGGGACUGCUGCGGCUUGCGCAGGACUGGGCGUUUACUUUGGCGAGGGUCAUGCCUUAAAUGUGGCCAAGCCAGUUAGUGGGCGAGCGACUAACAAUUGCGGCGAAAUACAGGCAGCAUCGCUGGCAAUUCGACUUGCCAAAGAAAAUGGUAUCAAGAGACUGAUUAUCAACACAGAUUCCAAAUUUCUCAUCGAUUCCAUAACUAAAUGGGUGCCAGGCUGGAAGCGAAAUGCAUGGAAGCUUUCGACUGGUAAACCAGUUAAGAACCAGGUGGACUUCGUGGAACUGGACCGGGAGUUGGCAGGUGAUAAAAUCGAAAUCAGGUGGAAUCACGUUGACGCGCAUUGUGGUAUUUUGGGAAACGAGAGGGCCGAUGCGUUGGCACGAGAAGGCUCUGCUAUGUUCCGGCGGCAAAAAGCCACCCGUUGAUUUUUGCCUGUUUAACAUUCUUAUUUUAUCUAAUGUAAUAUUAAAAUUUUUGAGUAUUUUUAUUAGGAUAAA